AUGGAGGGCCAACGCUAUCCCCAUGCUCCCGCGCCUCCCGAAAACAAUCCAGCAAGAUCCCGCGCCCGGAAUUUGAUUCAUGAUGGCUUUCUAUUCCUAAAAAGGCAGUUCUCCAGCAGCGGUGAGAAGGUGACAGGGCGCAGGCUGCUGUGCGUGACGCUUGCACUGAUGAUAGGCGCAUUCUUUGGAGAGCUGGACCGACAACUGCUGUUGACCGCGAUACCGAAGAUCACGACCGAGUUCCACAGUCUCGACCAAGCCGCGUGGUAUCAGGCCGCACAUGACCUUGCCAGGCUCGCCUUCCUACCCAUAUAUGGACGAUCCGUCGUCUGCGCAACGUCAGCAACUUCCCAGGCACUGAUCAUUGGGCGCGCUAUCCAGGGAUGCGGCCAUGCUGGCACGAACUUGGGCGGAUUCCUCAUAAUCUGCCAGAUCGUGUCGAAGCAGAAGAUGCCAUUGUUCUUUUCCAUCAUCAUCUUGAUGACCGGCGUCGCAGCAGCCGUAGGGCCUCCACUUGGUGGCAUCUUUGCUGAGAGCUCCAUGACCUGGAGGCUGGGCUUCUUUUUGAGUAUAGCCAUGGCUUUGAUUGUAGGGUGUCUCAUAGCCUUCACCUUUCCCGAGCCCGUCAGGGUGACCUCGAAUUACUCUUUCAAAGCAAGGUUGAAAUCGACAGACCCACUCAGUGCCAUUCUCAUCCUAGCUUCUUUGACCGCCCUCUUCAUCGCGCUUCAAUGGGGCGGCACGAAGCAUCCUUGGAGUGACCCCAGGGUCUGGGGCAGUCUGGUUGGGUUUGCAGCCAUGGCCGCCUUGUUUAUGUUUAUACAGGUGAAGGAGAGAGACAGGGCCCUUGUGCCAAUCCACAUCUUGACGAACCGCACCGUUGGCUUCGCGUGCCUGUACUCAUUUUCAAUUUUCAUGUCGAUGAUCGUAUUGGCCUACUACAUGCCAUUUUACUAUCAAGCGGCAAGGGGCUUGUCGCCACGCCAGUCCGGAAUCCACAUAUUGGCCUUGAUGGUCCCCGAUGCCGUCGUCGCUUUGGCUGCAGGAGCUGCCGUCACAUUCCUUGGACAUUAUGUGCCAUUCAUGAUAGCUAGCGGUGUGGUGGUAGCCUCGGGUUCGAGUCUCCUAUCCCAGAUCCAGAUCAACACCCCCCUUAUCCGCAUUGUGGGGUUUCAACUGAUAGUGGCGUUUGGGUUUGGGUUGGGUGUCCAACUACCGCUUUCAGCAAUUCGAAACGUUCUCGAAGAGCCCGAUGUACCAGCGGGCGAGGCCCUCGCCCUGUUCUGCAUGAGUCUAGGCGCAGCACUGGCUGUGCCGAUGGCCCAGGCUAUUUUCAUGAACACGCUCAGCAGUCGCCUGGCAUCAAGAUUGCCUACAAGCAGUGUGGCCAAGAUUAUCCGAAUGGGACCAUCUAAAGUAAAUGCAGAUCACAUGAAAGAGGACAUUGUGCAUUUUGUGGCUGAGUCGUACGGAGAGGCAGUUACUACUGCGUUCUAUAUGUCUAUCGCAGCUUCUGCAUUGGCUAUGCUUGCCGCCGCAGCAAUGCAGUGGAGAAAACUUGAAAAAGAGAACACGGCCGUCACCGGAGGGGUCUUGAGCGGGACACCCCUAGAUGACCCAGUGGAAAAUCAUGACCAUUCAAAAACUGCAGAGUCCAUUCCACUGAGGCCAGGCGAGGGUAUAAACCGAUCCGAGCCUCCUCCAGAAGCAUCGAGGUCAUCGCGAUAA